AUUCAACUUCGGGCUACGAAUUUAGAAAUUUUCUACGUAGUCAUCUCUAAUGUAGAGCAACUCUGUUACAUGAAGUUUUCUGGUGAAAGUACAGGUUUGUUGAUAAUGUACGACGAACAGCAGAAAAUCCUUCGAAGAAAUUAUGUCACUCUGGUAGACGAGCUGGAUCCGAAUGAAGUUUUUGAUUAUUUACAACAAGAUGGAAUAUUUACUGAAAGUGACCAUGAACUUAUCAAUACGGGUAAAACAAGAAAGGAAAGAUGUCGGAAGCUGCUGGGAAUUCUUCCUACUCGUGGUCCAGACGCGUAUUAUUCUUUUAAGAAUGCUUUAAAACAGAGCUGUUCACAUCUAGAAGAAUUAUUGCACGGAACGGAAAGUACUGUGGCCAGAUAUGAAUGUGUCGAUGGCUGCGAGAGUAUAAGAAACAGUCCCCCUUCAAAAGAAAGAAAACAUAAAGUAUGUUUGAAUUGUCAGCCGUUUAUUCCAGUUUACAUUGUCGACCCAAGUUUGAGAACAGCAAUACAAGAAAACUGUUGUUUGAUAUUACAAAAUGUAGAAGUGAACGACCUCUUAGAUUUGUUGUACCAAGAAUCCAUUUUAGAAGGACAUGACUAUGAAUCGAUAAAAUCAGAGAAAACCCGAAGAGACAGAUGCAUUGCCCUGUUAAAGAAGCUAUCAACAUGUGGCCAUGACAACGUUUUUAACAUUUUUAGAGAGUCACUACGACAAAAGUAUGGUUACAUAGCACAAAGACUUAGGGAAAUAAAAGUAGAGAUUCCAGUCGUUCCUAAGCAUUCAGAAGAAGAGAUUGGUGAGGAAUGUUCUCAUCCAAUUCUCCUUGAAGUGAUGCGUAGGGGUCUUGGAGUCAGUAAAGUGAAAACACCUACAUCAGUGUCAACACUUUUGAUCCCAAAUCUGGAUAUGUCUUUCUUAACGAAUUCUGAAGCAAAAGGCGUCUACAAUACCGACAAUUUAGAUUUUAGGGUCACAACUAACGUCGAAUUAUCGAGUUAUGAUCGGUAUUUUCACACAACCAAAUACCCUGGAAACUAUUCUUCUCGAUCAUUGAAGAACACGCAGUGUCAUCAAACAACAAUUUAUUCGGAUACAUCCGAAGAGGACAUUGCGAGAAAUAUAGUACAUAAAAAGCAGGAGGAAAGGAUUAAGCGUCAAAGAAAAAAACUAUCUUCUAAGUCCAAAUUUACGGAAAGUAUGUCAUUAGUUCCGACUCAUUUCAAUGUGUUACCACAGUCAAGAAAUUUACAUAAAAGAGGUCACGAAAUUGUGUUCAACUCUCUAAGUACAUUAAUAAAUCAAGGACGGUAUGAUCAAUUUGAGAAGUGUGCGGUGGAAAUUCGACUAAAACAAGGCAGUGAUAAGGAUAUAUCGUGUACUCUUGAUUACCUGUUCGCUAGCCGGUUCUUGCAUUCAGUGGAUGUGGAUUCUGCUAAAAGAUACAUAAAAACUGGGUUUAAAUUAGCACGACAAACAAAUAAUCCAAAAUAUUUUACUUUAGAAUUACUAACAUCUCAAACGCGAAUGUUAAGUAUCAAGAAAAAGUUUGAAAAACUACAGAGAACUCUAGAUGAUGCCAAAAUGAUGAUUGAGGCAGAUCCUACCAGUUGUACAGGACGAGCGGCUGGCUGGUUGUAUAUGAAUGACGUUAAACAUAUUAUGGUACAAAUAUCAAUGUUGAACACCCAAAGAUCAACCUAUCCAUCCGUGUACGAACAUCUUUACAAAAUAGCCAAGAAAAGCUGUGAGAAAUCCUUGGAUAAUUUUAAGCGGGAAGAAGGAAAUGACGGACCAUUUGGGUUCGGUUUUGCUUUGUGCCGACUCAUCAUUUUGUUACUUCGCUGUGGAGACAGGGGCCUGUAUAGAGAAGACGUACUGCCAAGUGUUGAAGAUAUUGAACUUGCUGGAAAGUAUCUGCGUCAACUGGAAGAUUCUGACAUUCCGAUUACAGCAUUUUUAAAAGUCCCUCUCCUCUUAGCAAAGAGUGACUAUCAUUAUCGUCGGAAACAUGUACUCAGGGCUUUAGAAUAUGCCGAAGAAGCAUUCCUUCUUGCAGUUAACAACAGUAUUUUAGAAUUCAAGGAACAAGCUCAAAAUAGAAUAACUUUCCUGCAUUCAAAGAUGGAUGCCGAAUUGCUCACAGAUUCAAUUGAUCUUUCAGCUGAAAUGGAUUGCUCUAGUGGAUGAUGUAGAUCCCAAAGAUGUAUGUAAUCAUUUGAAAGAAGACGACGUACUCAAACCAACUGAUUGUGAACGAAGAAACACAGGAGAAAAAGGAAAGAACGAUGUUAAUUGUUACUAGAAAUCCUUCCACGCCAAGGUGGAAGUAUUUAUUUGAUAGAACAGCUGUGUUAAUGUCGCAAUAAUGUGGUAUUUCCCGUUCUCAAGGAGUCACUUAUUAGGAGAUAUAAACAUCUAUUCCACAGACUACAGGAAACUACUAAAACAUAUAACUAUAUCUGUAAUAAAGGCGAAGUGAAUCACUAGGGUGAUGGUGGAAAAAUGGAGAAGUUACCAACAUUCCAGGACAUACAAUUAGCCCAAAUGACUCUCGGUUUAGUCACUUUACCAAGUCUUACUCAAAGAAAUGAUUUCCAACAGCAUAUAUACAGUUUGGUGAAGAAAAGUUUGUCCAAACACUAUUAAAAGGGACUGUGAUUCUUGUUAAAAGUAUUGCUUAACGAAAGAACAAGAAAAGUUUGAAACCAAAAAGUUACAGAUACAAGAUUUUAACCAAAUAUAUGAAUUAAAUACAUUUAAACUCUUCAUACUGUCAAGUAUUUGCCAAACAUUACAAGCUGCGCAGUAGAUAUCAAGUGACGGACUCCAACAACCUGAGUAAUUUCAUCAACCAAGGACUUUACAUCGAGUGUGAGGCAAACGCAAUGGAAAUUCGACAAAGACAGGGGCUUGAAUUGGACAUGGUGUGUAUUCUUGACUAUCUGCAAGCCUCAAGUUUCCACAAACAGCAGAUAUAGAAUCUGGUAAGAAAUACAUCAAAUCUGUAUUGACUAUUCCAGGAAACAAGUUAUCCUGCGUAUUUUCCAUUGGAAUUACUCACCUCAUGGAAACUCCGGAGCAUACUAGCUGACGUUGAAAUGACUAUAGAAUCUAAUCCUACAUUUUGUACUGGGCAAGCUACAUUGACAAUGUUCUGUUUGUAAUAGUUAUUGACAAUGUUCUGUUUGUAAUAGUUAUUGACAAUGUUCUGUUUGUGAUAGU